GUUUCACUGAUUUUUUAAACGAAUGACACAUUGAAUGUAACAACGUAUAUAUAUGGCGAUCAAAUAAAGUGACGCUGAAGUCGGAUAAUACAACAGGGGUGUACAUUACUGCAAUAAUUUGAUACUUAUCUGGAACAAUGUGGAACAGUAUUUUUAUAAGUUUAAUCGUUUCAAUAUUUUUCUUCCAUGAAGCAUAUGCCGGUAGAAAAAUAUGCUGGAGCGCUUGUGAUUGGAAUUCGUGGGGAUCUUGGUCAUCGUGUUCUACGAAAUGUGGAAGAGGUGACCAGAGCAGAGCAAGGUCACUGUGCUGCUGGGCUGCUCAAACAUAUAACGAAUGCAUGCGGAGUUGUAAGAAAAGCGAGAGUUCAACAUAUGAGUCACGGAAAUGUAACACGCAAUGCUAUAAUAACGGAAACGUCAAUUCUUAUAGCUAUGAGUGCAACUGUCAGAAUGGCUAUUAUGGCUCCUGUUGCGAGAAAUACCAAAGUUGUGGGAGCUGGGGAAGUUGUACGCGGUCAUGUGGUGGCGGUAAACAAACGAAAACUUGCCGCAGAUACGACAAUGGUUGGAAUGAAUGGACCGAGUCAAUGAACUGUAACGAGUUCUGCUACAACGGCGCUUCAUACAGAUAUGGCUCGUGUUCGUGCCCCUCUUGGAGGAGCGGCGCAUGUUGCGAAAAUUGUCGAGAAAUUUCGAUUUCCCACUGUAUGCCUGGACGUCAGGAAUGCGGCGGAAGUCCGGACGGUAUCCGAUGUACCCAGUGUUAUCUUCCGUACAAACCUGCCGGCUAUAAUCAAGGAUGUGUUCGAAUCCCGUGCAAUGACAGGAACGGUAUGUGCGACCACAACUGUAUGACGCAAUGGGGUACGCCGACAUGCAGUUGCAGAUCCGGAUAUCAACUCUCUUCAAAUGGCUAUUCCUGCAAUGAUAUCAACGAGUGUCAAGUAGGAUCUUCCAAAUGUGAACAUAUCUGUACAAACACAGAAGGAUCAUUCAGUUGCUCGUGUAGGACAGGCUAUCAACUGAAUUAUGAUGCUCGUACUUGUAGUGAUAUUGAUGAAUGUGUGUCCGCGGACCUUAAAUGUUCUCAGGUGUGUUUAAACAAAGGUGGAUCGUAUGCUUGUUCCUGCGACCCAGGGUUUGUUCUCCUGGACGAUAAACGUUCAUGCGAAGAUAUUGAUGAGUGUUCUAUUUCAAAUGGAAAUUGUUCCCAUCGUUGCCAGAACAUUCCGGGUUCUUACCAAUGCAAUUGUCCAUCCGGAUUUCAACUUCAAACACAGAGCACAGUAUGCAUAGACAUCGACGAGUGUAAGCUGGGGACAUCGUCUUGCUCACAAGAGUGCAACAACACCGAUGGAAGCUUCGUGUGCGGUUGUAGAGAUGGAUUUGUCUUGGCAUACUGAUGGCGAGACGUGUACAGAUAUAGACGACUGUGCAAACGUGACCUGUCACCAUGGCGGAGUAUGCACUGACAAUCUAGGAUCGUACACGUGUUCAUGUGAUUCAGGGUUUAGUGGGCAACACUGUGAGCUGGAUAUCGACGAAUGUGUAGGCUUCUUAAACGCUGGAUGCGAGGACUUGUGUAUCAACACCGAAGGAUCAUUUCGAUGCGCAUGUACCGGAAACAAGACAAUUCAAGACGAUGGGUUCACGUGUUCAGGAUUAAACAAUCAGUCUUCAAACUUCUUUGCAAGAAAUGAGAUGAGUAAUGAUACGUUACCGAAAGGUUGUUCUUACAUAACAUUUACACAAUGUAACAUUAUUUUGUCAUCCACCUCACGGUGGUAUAGACUUAAGAACAACCAGAACGUUGCUUAUACAUUUGGAAUAGUGUUUGCAGAGGUAGAGACGUUGUGUCUUCCAGUAUCAAUAUCGGGCUUGCAAGUAGAUCAAACUACUAUGCGUAUAUUAAGCGGAUCGCUUCAAUAUUCGCCGAAAGAUGGUGAAGUGACUGGAAUGGAACGAAGCUAUAACUGCUUGAGUUUUGAAAUCACACCAAGAGACAUGCAUGACAUUUUGCAGUCCUCUGCAUUUCUAAAAACGUUCUUUCACAAUAUUCAUUCUGUUCUACCAACGUGGAUUCAAUUAAGUAAAACUGGGCGUCAGAUACUUAGCAUGAGUGAAGCGAAAAUCGAAAUAAAAACAGGAGAGGAAAUCAACACGGGUAUUUGCAAGGGUGCACCGUUGGUUGCAAGUCGAGUGUAUUCUCUAUUGAAGCUACGUGAAAGGUUUUCUGUAGAAAUUUAUGGGCAAGAAUUAUACCUUCCGGACCCUUUUAGAAACGAAUCAUAUUGUAUCGUAACCGACUUAUGUCAAGAUAACGGACAUACAAUUUUCAUUAUCCUUCCGACGGAAUCGAGAGAUAUUUUAAACAAUAUAAGUAUGUUUGAAUCGUUGAUAAAUUCAACAGGAUUAUACAUUCGUCCUAUCGGAAUCGGUUUAUCAUUAGAGCGAAGCAUGGUCGUCAACUUUAAAACAUCAGAGACGGACUUUUGGCAAGGUGGCGAAACAACGGUUACUUACCCGCUUAUGCAGUCGGCAAAUGUCUGGGUAGGCGGAGAGACAGAUCUACACUACAACGGUUUGAGCUUAUCAGGAAGAGCAGAGGCGUUUGUUGCUGCUCCAAAUAUUCGAAGUAUGCUCAAGAGUAUGUUUAUGGAUGAAUGGCAUCUUGGAGCAAAUAUUACGGUGACAUCAUUAAAAUACGAGUUGCAAAUAUCUGGCAAAAGUGAAACGAUAGAUUUUAGACCACAAGGUGAUGUCAUCCUGUAUGGAUCAUUGGGAGGUACGAUGGAGCGGAAGUGGUGUGGAAAACGGGCUAACCCAUCUGGAUUUUUUUUGAAAUUUAUCCAAAGUUCAAAUCCUUUCUGGAGCAUUCCCAUUCUGAACUUUUUAGGUAUUAACGCUAACACAUUGGUUAAUGCAUUCGUGUUCAGAAAAACCACCACCCUUGUUUCGAAUAGCGACAAAGUCAAAAUAAUAAAUGACAUUCUGGCGUUGAAACAAGCAACCGAACGUUAUGUUACUGACACAAUAACAUCUGUAUUUAAAUAUGUAUCUCUGCUGUCAGACCAGUCAGUAUCACUCUUGAACAAAAUUGAACCAAACAGCCAAUAGAAUGAUGAAUUCAUUUGAAAACCUGUCAAAAGUUCUUCAAACAAGUACCGAUCCUAAAGUCUUACUAGAUGCUGCUAAGGGUGUGAGUGAUAUAUGGAAUGACGAAAUAGACAUACUUAGAAAAGAAACACACACAUUUAUACAAUCAAUAAGAAGAAA